AUGGACCAGGACAGCUCUUAUUUCAUCCGAAAAUGGUUGCAAGAUGCCGAGGGAGGUCGCUGGACUCGCAUCGCCAAUGGACCAGACAACAUGCUCUUCUCCCCACGCAGCCCAUUUGCGCGCCUGAGUGAAGCCUCCGGGGCGCAGAUAUUCGAUCGUUCUUUCCAAACACCGCAAUCGUCUCCCGAGCCUUCACAUCUCAGAGCCCUACCUCAGCGCAAAAUCAGAAACGAUCGCAAUGAGUACAAGGGACAUGACCGUCGCGCAAAUCCAGAGUGUCCAAAGAAAAAGAAGACAGCCAAACAGAGUCGGAAACAAACUCUGAGUCAUGAUUUUCAUGCGCCAAACAUGUCUCAGACACGGCUGGCUGUAUGUGCAGAUUGUCAACCUUUUGAGGUUGUUGCUAACUCUGUGUUAGCUCGCUUCUCGUCCGAACAUGGGGAUAUUCGGCAAAUGACGAACGUUCUCCCUAUCAAAUCUCGCGAGUGUAGACUUCUUGCUUCUGGGUUUAUUGGUCCAUCUCACAAAAGUCUAGUACCCGACCUUACGUUCUCGGAGAUGAACUUCUUGUCGAGAAGAUCACGGUUGAAUCUGAAUGAAUUGCCAGCAGAAGAACAAGACAAAAUAAACAAAGCUACGCGAAGGGAACGCGACUCAGAAACGCAGGUCCCUCAAUACUUCUCCAACCACUAUUAUGACGAAGUUCCUUCCACGGUGUAUGCAGACGCAGAUCAAUCCGCACCCUUGCUACAGCUCUCCGUCAAGGCUAUCGCACAGCGCUACACCAUACACUUGGUCUGA